UGGAAUCUGGCUCUCCGACUCUGGCACCUCACGCGCGGUGUGUGAGUCUCACAUCUCACAGCGCACGCGCGGAGUGCUCCGGUUGUGGGCACCCGGGGAAGGGCACUAUAUCUUGUCAGGUCACUAGCGCAACAACAGGCUGCAGUGGACGUUUAGCCUCGUUUGCAGUGUAUAUAGACAUCGGAGCACCUACCCCGGGCCGAGUCUGGCAUCCUGCGGGUAUCUGGAGACAGCAAGCAUGGUGCUGACAGCCAACCGUGAACUGUAUGAGCCGCCAACAAAGGACUUUUACAGCAGAUAAGAUUACCGAACACCCCAACAGACUUCAUUAUUAUUUAUUUUUGUGAAGCAGAAAGAAUUCUUUUUUUUCUUCAGUUUUAUUAACAUUUGGCUUGUAAUGAUUUUGAGUGAACAUGAGAGGGAGCGGUGUUCAGUUGACACCAGGAGGACCACCGAAACAUUACAUUGACGACAAAGGUCCUGAAGCUCUUUGUGUACCCGAUCUGGUGUCUGGGUUCUGAUCAGGAUUCACUGAGAGAUUGGAAACAGGAUCACAACAAGACUUGUUUGUGCACACGAAAGUGUUUCUGCCACCAGCUCCCUCGGCCAACCUUCAGUCAGCAACAGCUCAUGCAGGGAAGACGUCAUCUUAAAUAACGCUUUCCUCCCUCACUCUCCUCUCCCAGAGAGAAAAAAAAUGAUAGCCACGAGGUGUUGCCGCAGAACAGGACCCGGAUGUACAUUUUGCAAGACUCUCGCGUUUGCAUCCAAAGACAACUCGCAGCGCGCGUCCCCCACUUGGCAGGAAGUCGCCAUGCGCAUGGCACUGUGUCAUCGCCGCUGCUCGGAGCCAGCAAAAAUAUUCCCAUCAGGCAUUGAUUCUGUGUAGUGCGUGAAUCCUCAAUUUUAGCAUGCACGCAUGCGUGGAAGUAACGUUCCAAGGGCGAAGGUCACGUUCAUGGUCUAGCCCACGCGGAGCUAUGUAAUUUGUUUCUUUGAACAUUCGGUUUAUUUGACAGUUGAACAUUGGCGUACAGCGGUUGAGAAUUUCUUUUUCAUAAACCACGGGAUGUAAUUGCGUUUUAACAAAAAUAUUCUUGUUUGAAAUUAACCUCAAGUGAAGACUACUUUCUCAGUAACUGAAUAUAAACACAAGUUCGGAUCCAUAACUUUUGCGAGUCGUAAUUGUUUACAAUACAGUUUUACGAGAUAGUUCGUAUCCUACCAGGGAAUUGAAAAUAAACAUGGAGCGAGGUGUGCAUUUACACAAUUUCUCAUCCACCGACUCCAACGACGGCGACGGUGACGUAGGCUGGAGUAACACUACGAUCUACGUCUACAACCUCAUCAACUCCACCACUGGGAACGACACCAACUCUUUCAUCCAACAACCACCGCUCGUCAUUCAGAUCUUGGGACGGGUGUACAUCAUCUCCGUGCCGACGAUCAUCAUCUUGGGCGUCAUCGGCAACAUCCUCGCCUUCUGCAUCUUCGCCAGCAAGUCGCUGCGCAGAACCUCCUGCAGCAUCUACCUGGCGGCUCGCUCCUUCUCGGACAGUGGCUUCUUGGUGUCUCUCUUCAUCAGCUGGCUGGGGGAUGCCUUGAAAAUACCCAUCAUUCACGUGACAGUCAUGUGCCAGCUGGUCAUCUUCACAAGCUACUUCUUCGCUUUCCUCUCCGUCUGGCUUGUCGUCUUCAUCACGAUGGAGAACUACAUCCGCAUCUGCCACCCGUUCAGCGUCGCCAAGUUCUGCAACGUUCAGAAGGCACGGCAGAUCCUGGUGGUGCUGGUGCUGCUGGGGGUGAUGUUGUACCAGUUCGCGCUGUGGAUGACGCACGUGGAUGACUUCGAAGGCAGCCCUCGGUGCGGCAACAAGGAGCAGCUUAUGGUUGUCGCGACGAUCGUAACUUACGGCGAUUUGAUCAUCACCCUUGUCAUCCCCUCUAUCAUCAUUCUGUUCCUAAUGGUGGCCAUCACGGUCAGCCUGGUCAGAUCGUUCAAGAGACAGUUUCGACUGAAGGGGAAGAAACAAGCAACAGGUGGCAGCAGCAGUCCGGCUGUUGUUGCCAACGAGAGCAUGAACGGAGGGACUAGCAACAACAGACAGAACGGCCGGAAGGGCGGAUCGUGCAUGCGCUGCAGCUCGCCCCAGGCAAAGGUCACACGCCUCCUGUUCGCCGUGUCCUUCACCUUUCUCCUCCUCAGCCUGCCCAGCCAUCUUGUGCGGCUUCGUAUCGCCAUGCUGGCAAUGGCCAACGAAAACUUCCAGACUCCCACUGUAGAGGAGUUGAUCCAGGUGGUGUUUCAAAUUCUUUACUACCUGAGCUUCGCCGUUAAUCUCAUUGUCUACCUGUCCUUCGGCGAGAGCUUCCGAAGUGUCUUCAUCGACACCUACAUCUCCCGUUUCCUCAAAAAGCGAUCAGCCCGGAGGAGGAGUGAGAUUUCACACACCACGUACACUGCCGUCAAGAUUGAGCAGCAGGACUAUCCCCCGAGGGAGGAGGAGACAUCCCUUGUCACGUGAUUCUGUAACCAUGGUAGACAGGAGCUAAAAGAAGUCUUUCCUAACACGUAAAACGGAGUACUAAGCUGGACAUUUCAUCGGUCUGAUCGUCUUAAUUCUGUUACCACGGUAACGAUAUGAUAAUGAAAAAGAAAAAAUUGAAGCAUCUGAAAGGAAAGAAUUUUUUUUUCAAUCAGUGUAAGGGUAAAUUAUAAAAUAAGACUACUACCAUCCCUAACUAAAGCUAUCAAAAGAUACAACUACAGCUUACAUGCAGCUAUAAUUUUAAAUAAAAAUAUUAAUAAAAGUUAAGAAAAAAUAAACAAAAUAAAUCAAUUAAAAAUAUUUUUGGUUCUUGAAAACCGACAGGAAAUAUAUGACACGGUCUAAAUAAAGACGAAGUUAAUAGAAUGUAAUAAUGUUUUCUCACAAAUUACAAGGAUUCAAACAACUGCCUGUCCUAAUAGAAAACUGGAAGUUGUCAAAAUUGAAACAACUGCCUGUCACAAGAGAAAAUCUGACAUUCAGGAUUGAAAAAUUGCCUGUGCGAUAGAAAUUGUGACAGACUUUGGCUCACGGGAGCUGUGAGGUUUUGGAUGUCGGAAGGUGAGGUCCUGGAAUCAAUAGUUGACCGCAGCUGACAUUUGCUGUGAAUGUUCUUUGCUUAAUGAUCCAGCAGUAACAAACUUGUUGUUCACAUCUUGGCACUUCUUUUUUCUGUUUUCUGCCGACAUAUUUUGCGGACAACAUGAGAUGCUGAUGGAAGAAUUUUUUUUAUAUCUCAUCACAUUUUCUCGACUGCCGGUCUUAAACGCAGGAGCCUAGGAGUAUCAAGAAGUUUCAGAUAAUUAAUGAAGGCUUGACAACGAAAACAUUCUUCAAAGCCUCGUCGUCUUGAGAGACAGGAUCUUGUGUUUGAAGAAAUGGUGUGUCUCCUCACCCAAUGUCGGUACUUUCACUAACUAGACAUCCAUCUCAAAUAAUGAGAGAAAAAAAAUACAUUAGUCAGUGGAUCUUCGUCAAAAAUUGUGAACUGGAAAAAAAACUGUGAGGUCAGGUAAUCAAUGACUUGCAAGCUACCAUCAGAUAAAAGGAUCUGAAAAAAAAUAUUCCGUGCUAUUAAUGGAACACAGGAGUAUUUUUGUCUCCACAUUCUGAGCUCGGAUCACAACAGAAAGACGACGAGAUGUCUGCUGCUAUGGUAUAAUCUCCAGGAUCUUUUUUCCAAUUCCAGUGGAUGAAGGAGAAAGCUGUUGACACGCAAACUGCGAAUUGGUUAAGAACUUGCCAGAUCCUCAGGCAAAACGCUUUCCAUGUGCAUGUUGGAUGUCAUUAAUCUUCACCAGGACAACACCAGACCCUCAAUAAAUCAUGGUUACUUCUAUUGAAUUUCAUUGCACGUGCAUGAUUAAAUGUUUAAUCAUAAUAAUCAGAGUUAUAAUCAGCCAAUGAGUAUUAAUUGAAUGUAUUGAUUCUUUGGGACAACGGCGCAUGUAAUCGAUUCUCUUCGUGUUUAUAUCGAUAAUACACGUGGUUUGAUUGGUUCUUUGCCUUUUUCACGUCCAUCAAAAGCUGGCAUGGAAGCUAAGAGCCUGGUUGUUAGUCUAGAGGUUCGACCCACACUUGGCAUCCAGGGUGUGAAGGAGAUAAGAGGAGCAGCUCCGGUGUGGCUGCUCCAGGACGCAAUCAUGGAUGGAGUAUAGAUUUUCACUGCCCUCCAUCGCCACACACCAACUCAGAAACACCAUUAAACUGUACGACCAUGCUUGUUAUCUCCAGGCAUGCCUGUCAUCAACACCAGACUGUGGUGGAGGCUGUUAUCAUCAGCUGGCCGGGGAUACGUGUUGUCCCUCAGUUGUUAUCCAGGCUGCCAUGGAAACGAUAAGGUUCUUGGCGCUGACAGAAAUUCUGGUUUUGUCGGGGUCACUGGGUUAAUCUGUUUAUCGCGUGGACUUCUAGAUGUUUCGUCAAGACAUUUACAUCAGUGUCAAGACGGCCGUUAACAUCUACAUCAACAAACUGUACUCGAGACAUUCAGGUUUCUGUUCUAAUAACAUUGAUCUUUGUGAGCACAUUUUUGAUUGUUUAAUUAAUUUUGUUGAGGUGUGCUAAUCUGUAUUGGAAAAAUAUAAGCUGUGUAUUGCGUUCAUGUUGAUCACGAUGUGUUCACUGUAUCCCGUGUUAUCUGAAAAAAAAACUAUCAACGGGAUUGUUUCUAAACCACAUCUUCUUACUUUCCAACUCCAUUUUUACCUUGGAAUCUUUGUUAUUUUACAACACACACAGAUAUAUAUAUACACACACAAGCACACGCAUCCACCCACACACAUACAUGUAAUGCUUUAUUCAGAUUUAUAAAAUUUAUAUUGUCCGCAUCUAUUGUCAUUAAGACAUGUUGUUUUUUUUUUGUAAAUGUGUUUUUAUCAAUCAAAUAUUUUUUUCAAAUUGCUUGCCCCUUGCACGAAGUUUGUUGUGUUUCUAGACAAACAAAUCUUUGGCAAACUGCAUAUUUAGGUUUUUCAAGAUUGCUGUGAUAUGGCAAAUAAAUUACAAAUACAUUUCUGAACAAACCUGAACAAUAGGCUAGUCAAUGAAGUAUUUUAAUGGUUUCUGCCAACUUUCAUUGGUAGACUGUCACAGUAGGAGACACAAAGCACAUUCGGAUGAAUGGUCAGACACUAGCUUUGUAAGGAUAGUAAUUUAACCCUGUGAACAGAUGAAAAGCACAAUAACUUGCAACAAAGUGUUCACAGUUUUGUUCUCAGAGGCACUGAUUGAAUUCGUCAGGAUUUUCAUAUGCGAAGCCCAGACAACUGAAACCACAAAGAUACUAGCAUCUUUAAUUACUUCAAACAACUCUUUUUAGGAUGUGUUCGUGCAUCAGCGACUUCCCUCUUCUUCAAAAGGAGAGACAUCCAAUAACGAUUAUUAAAAUUCGUUGAAUUGAAAACGGGAAAGAAUCACAGAGUGUAUUCGAUUUAAUUUCAUUGUGUUUCCCACAACCCACUUCCCGCUUUUUCACUGCCAUUACAAGCUAAAAAAAAAAAGCCAACAACAAAAAAAUAAGGAGCAAUUUCCUGCCUGGUCACUUUGUAGGGCUAACUCACAGAGCUAAGCGUGUAUUUAAAAUUCAUUUGCUCCUGUGUCUUCUAAUUUCCUGGAGGAAUCCACGAGUUUGCUAAUUAAACCCAGGGGAAAUCAUUAAUAACAUUGUAAGAAAAGAGCAGAGACUUUAACGAGUUAUCACGCCUGCCACGCUUCCUGUACAUCCUCUCUUCCCUCCAUCUAAGGGGCAUUCAUCAGUGUCUGCCUUAGUUAUCGUUCUUCCUGAAUCUUUUGUGUUGCUUUCAGUGGUCGCAAGACUUCCUUUCUCAAUCAAUCAUAUUGAGAAAACUGGACUCAUUGUGUAUCGAGUUUUCAAAAACUAUUUGUUAUUUUUUUUGUUUAAAAUCCUGCCGUCUGCCAUUGGUUUUUUUUUUCAAAACUCCGAAUAUUUGAGUAGACAGUGACCAUGUGAGUCCAGGGUUCGUUAUGAACUUGUCAGAAAAUCAUUGUUGAUAAUAAAUAGAAGCAUAUGUUGACAAAUUUGAUAUGAAACAUUUCAUAAUUAAGGAGUUUGUGUUAAGAAGCGAAAAUGUGAUGUCUUGUAUGUGAAAAAUAAUUACUGUAAGAAAUUCUCUGUAGCAAGGUGUUGCCCUGACAGUUAAUGCCACACUGUCGAUGACAAUAACAUGUUUAAUUAUAUUGUCAAUGAUACUUUGCGAUACACAAACCUCCUCUAAUUGCUCAAAACAAGAUGUUUUUUGUCAUUGCUUGUCGUUGACCGUCAUUACUUUUAAUGUUUUAUAAAUGAGAACCGGGUGCAAUUUUUUCUAAUGGUUGGGUGAAGCUUAGUGCAAGAUGUAAGCUCUCCAGAUCCUGGAGAAUACAUAACAUCCACUUUCAUGUUGACAGACAUCAUCAAGAACACCAACAUUGAUGUUUCCUUGUCCAGGUGUCACUCGGUGGAAGAGCUGGGAUCACGUGACAUUUGAUCUCUCUCUGUGCGCAUGUCUGCAGGCUUAAAAAGGAUUCUGGAUGUAACCAAGAUGUUGGGAAAUAUCAUCUAUCACUGAGCUUUACCGAGUAAUUUUUUUUAAAUCCACAGAAAAAAUGCACCCGACUAGUUUCUUUAAUAUAAUACUGUCCCUGAAAUAUUGCAACCAACAUUUUUCCUUGAAAAAUAAUAUUGUGAGGAUUACUAUCUUCAACAAUUCUGUGUGUGUGGCGCCCUCUAAAACGUUCACGUGACUUUGCACGUGACUUUCCUUUUAUUCUUUUCGUCUGUACGCCGGUGACCUUUCUGAGAACACUUCAAUAUUGUUUCUUUGAUGACUGAUGUUGAUGUUUUGUUAGAUCACUACAUCGCCUUACAUUAGAAUGCCAUCGUACUAUUUUCAAUGUUCCGACUUUGUUGUUCUAUGGUUGAGAGGUGUCUUGUACCUAACGGUGUCUUGCUAACCGUUGCUUUGAGGCUUCUGCUGGGCCGCAGUGUAUUUCCAAUAAACGUUUGACCAGUUGUGGUAUUCUGUGGCGACAGUUGCCGGAUUUUUCGCCACUCUAGAUAACUACCAAAUACACAAACUAGGGAAAGUCAACAAGAACCUAUGUAACUAGUUUUUAUUCCUUCCUAUACUCAUUAAUUUAUUUUCUUUGUUAACUCCCCUUCUCCGCACAUUAUUUCAACUUUUCCAGCUUAGCUCUUCAAAAUCUUAAAAUAUAUUGACCCUUCAACCAUUCGACUAAAACAUAUUUAAACUGACAAACAAGCAGUCGACAUAUGACAUAUAAAUAUAUAAAUUCCCUUUUCAUUUUUGUUUUCACGAUUUUUGCCGUUAGUUUACUUUAACAACUCGUGGAAAGAAUUUAGUUAUUUUCAGAGCAAAUAAAAGUAACAAAAUUGUAAAAAGGACCUCGAAAUGUCUCGGAAUUGAAAGUUUUGUUUGUCCACCAGAGUUUAGUGAGAAAAGCACGGCUUCUGAUGCCACAAAAUAUUUCAAUGGGUUGUUCUUUAAUCGUGGUCAGAUAUGGCGCACAACUUGAAAACCAGUAUCACCGUGUUCAUAUUUGUAAUGUGCUCUCCAUUUGUGUCAAAUGACACCCUUGUACAAUGUACAAAUCAAACUGACACCCUUGUUGACAAUGUACAAAUCAACUUUGACCCGCUGUUGACUUUUGUAGUGGGUUCUACUUGAUGUUUGUAUUUACCUAUCAUUCUGGCCAAUCAUUCGGACCUUGUCGGUCCCUUGUGUUGGGAGCCUUUCCUCUUGAGUUGUGACUUGUCAUAAAUAUCUAAACUGUUUUCUUGUUUUUUUCCCUGAGAUAAUAUUUACACUAACUGGUCGUUUCAUCCAUACUUGUGUGUGUUGUGCUUUGCUUGUGUAGAUUACAAUUAAGUAUUUCAUCCACUUCUCGGAGAAAUGUUUCGAUCUGCUGUGUAAAUUGUUGGGGAAAUAAAUAGACAUGAGAAAAAAUAAAUAAAAAUAACAAGA